UCUUCAAUAUGGCGGAUUGAAAAGUUGCCAAAACAAUGUCUAGAUAAGAAUUGAUAGAAAACAAUGUUUACGCCAUUGUUUCAUUCAAAACAAUAGUGCUUAUAUUUGUGGCUUAUAAUUCACUAUUAUUUACUCCGUCUAAAGAAAGCCAGAAGUGACGUAUCCAUCUAGAUUCAACUCGUAUUCUGUGUAAACUUUAAGAAAAUGAGCAGUACCAGGGACUCCCCAGGUGUUAGUUCACCAGCUAUGGAAUCAACAGUGUCUGAUGAUACACCGGUUGCCAGCCCAAGGGAGGGGCCUUUCGACCAGUCCCAGUCACAGAAGCUUGAGGGCGUCACACAGAUACAUGCGGCUGCUGUGAACGGGGACAAGGCCUGGCUUGCAAGAGUCAUAACGGCCAACAUUGGAACUGGCCUACUGGACGCCGGGGACCAGUUCGGCCGCACACCCCUGAUGUUCUGUGUGCUGGCUGACCGACUGGAGUGUGCCGAACUACUGCUGAAGGCUGGGGCGCAUACCAACAUGAAGGACAAAGGGGGAAGGACCGCCCUUCACUGGGCAGCACACAAGGGUAAUGUUCGCCUGAUUAAGCUGCUGCUAUCGAAGGGUGCUGACUGCCAUAUGAAGGAUAACGAAGGCCAGACCGCUGUACACCUGUGUACAAGACACAAGUCACCCAAGUGCAUGACUCUGUUGCUACGGCAGCUGUCACCGGGGGAGAUUGAUGAUCAGGAUAGAAACAAGAGGACAGCAUUACACUGGGCUGCAUCCUAUGGGAAUUUAGAACACGUGAAAAUGCUGAUCAAGCAGGACUCGAACAUAGGCAUCCCUGACAUUGAGGGAAAAACGCCACUCCACUGGGCAGCUAGUAGUCGAGAUGCGGAGGCUGUCAACUGCGUCAGGCUUAUUUUGGACACGACCCCGAGUGUUAUAAACUGGCAGGAUUAUGAGGGAAGAACUGCCCUGCAUUUAGUGGUCGCUGAUGGUAACGAGGCCGUCGUUAAGGCACUGGUCGCUGUUGACAACUGCAAUGUUUCUGCCCUGGACAACAUGUUCAGGACCCCUCUACACUGGGCUGCUGUACUUGGUCAUUCAAAGAUCGUAUCACUGCUGCUGGACAACAAGGCGGAGUUCUCGAGUUCAGACCAGAACGGGGCCACACCUUUACACUACGCAGCGCAAAACAACUUUGACGAGACUGUUGAAGUGUUUCUGUCUCGCGCCAAUGUGACAGACGAAGCAGAUGUGGAGGGCAGGACGGCGUUCAUGUGGGCAGCGGGCAAGGGGGCGGACCAAGUGUUGGAGACCUUCCUCAAACACAACGUGGACAUACAGCAGGUCGACAAGAAUGGCGGCACAGCCCUGCAUGCUGCAGCGCUCUCAGGUCACGCCUCCUCAGUAAAGAUCCUGUUGAACCAUGGCGUCCAAAUCGAUGCGACAGACUUUAUGAAGCACACGCCGCUGUUCCGAGCCUGCGAGAUGGGACACACGGAUGUCGUGCAGAUGCUCAUUGACGAUGGGACACGCGUUGGGAUGCUUGACGAAGACGGACGGUCACCCCUGCAUUGGGCUGCACUGGGAGGCCACGCCUACAUCUGCCAGACCCUCAUCAAAUACGUUGUCGACCCAAAUAUCAAGGACUCCUCAGGGCGAACUCCAAUACAGUGUGCGGCCUACGGGGGAUACGUCAACUGUAUGUCUGUACUCCUUGAGCACAAGGCAGACCCUAACGCCAAUGACUGUGAGUUUUACCCAACAACUUACAAACCUGCUCAUGCCAACCUAGACCCCACCUAACUGAGUUAGGGGCAUCAAAAUUCAGAUCCUCCUCACAGUUCGGCUUAACAUGUCUAUGUUGUUUGAAAGCAGAAUUAAAAAGAGCCUGGACCUUAGCCUGAACCAUCAACUUAUUGGUAUACAAGUCUGGAUGAAGUGACUCGUCACCACAGCCACUAUACUCGUCAACUACAUUAGACGCAUUCGGUCGGGGUCGCAACGCUGACACUGUUGUGUCCAUACCAUCAGUAUCUUUAAAGAUUGCACUGCAGAGAGUACCUGAGACAGUCUGGGGAGUACUGAACACUGGCCCAGAAGGAUUCACACCUAACCUGGAGGCUCUUGUGUCACAUUAGACUGUGUAUUAACACCCGGUAUUGACACUUUGGGGUCCGAUUUGUGACUGUAUGUGCGAGAAGUGAAUGUCUGUUAAUGCAUAUGUAAAAAACCUUUUUCUGGGGACAAAUGACAUCUGAAAUGCUACAAAAAUCUUCUUAUCACCCCCAAAAAUGAGGGGAAAAAAAUGCUCGAAAGAGCCUUAAGUACCAUUUUGUUCAAUUUAGAAUACCGCUGAAGAGUGUUGUUAACUCUGUUCUCAUAUAUGUUACUUUCUAUGCCUUAAGAAACUCAAAGCCAUGCUUAUUUUUGGAUUAAAACUAUGUUUUCAACAUGUACCCAAAAAGUUUUUUCUGAGCCUCUUAAUUUCCAACUUAAAAUGCAUUUGCAUGUGUUAUUCCCAAUGCCUUUUUUUUAAUAAAUCUUCACUUGAGCUUGACAGUACUCUAUAUUCUUUCUGAAAAUACAUCAUACUUAUUACAAAAAAUUGUUUUGUUAAAAUCAGAAAGGGUUGGGUUCUCUUAAAGGUCACAUAACCCCAAACCGGAACUCCUGUUUUUAGGGGUUACAUGCAGUCAGUUUGAUACUUAGCACACACUGUUGAGCGCAUGCUGCAUAGGAUUUGUAAAAUACAUUGCAAAUGGUUGUUUUUGGUAUUAAUUUGAAGGUAUAUUUGUAAGCAAUAAAAAA